UUAGCCGCAAAAAAAUAUCCCUCACGCUUCAAACUUGAAAGUUUGUUGUUACCAAUUUACUGCUUCAGCCAAUUAUUGAUGCCCAUCUGUCUCUCUUCACACAAAUAAAAUGGGUCCUUUAGUUUUUUUAUUUCUUUAUUUAUUAUUUGCAUGCCCACAAUUACUGAUUCUAUCUCUAUAAAUUCACCAACCAGUCUUGAUUAAUACCAAAUUGUGUUUGUGUGUUUACUCUGACUAUUCUUUGUACCUAACUUUUUGAAUUUAACGAAACACAGGAAAGCAAUAAAAUGGCUGCUCCAGGGUCUGCUUCUGAGCAGCCACAGUUCCUUGUGCGGGCUGGGGAUGAGAAUUUUUCACAUGCUCCGUUGAUUGAAAACCCGGAAAAUGAUCAGAUUAUUGUUCCGGAUAAGGAAAGCUGGAAGAACCUUUUUGCAUACAUGGGCCCGGGAUUUCUUGUUUCUAUUGCAUAUAUUGAUCCUGGGAAUUUUGAGACUGAUCUACAAUCUGGUGCAAAGUACAAGUAUGGGUUGCUUUGGGUCAUAUUAGUGGCUUCCUUUGCUGCCCUCAUCAUUCAGUCUUUAGCAGCCAAUCUAGGGGUUGUCACAGGAAAACAUUUAGCAGAGCACUGUAAAGCUGAGUACCCCAAGGUGCAAAAUUUCAUCCUCUGGGUCCUAGCUGAAAUUGCGAUUGUUGCGUGUGAUAUUCCUGAAGUUAUAGGAACUGCUUUUGCAUUGAAUAUGCUCUUCAGCAUUCCUGUUUGGUGUGGCGUUCUUCUGACAGGGCUUAGUACACUAUUACUUCUUGCACUGCAGCAAUAUGGGAUUAGAAAGCUUGAAUUCUUGAUUGCCUUUCUUGUGUUGACAAUUGCGGUUUGCUUCUUCCUGGAGCUGGGCUAUGCAAAGCCGGACGCUGGAGAAAUUUUUUAUGGGUUGUUUGUCCCUCAAUUGAAAGGAAGUGGUGCUACUGGUCUUGCAAUUUCACUUCUUGGUGCUAUGGUUAUGCCACACAAUCUCUUUCUUCAUUCAGCACUGGUGCUCUCUAGGAAAAUACCCCGUUCCCUUUCUGGCAUCAAGGAAGCUUGCAGAUUUUAUAUGAUAGAGAGUGGCUUUGCUCUUAUGGUGGCCUUCCUCAUUAAUGUGUCAGUCAUUUCGGUUAGUGGUGCAGUUUGCAGUUCCCCAGAUCUAAAUAAGGAGGACCAAAUGAGCUGCAAUGACUUGGACUUGAAUAAAGCUUCAUUUUUAUUGAGAAAUGUAUUGGGUAAAUGGAGUUCAAAAAUUUUUGCUAUUGCUUUGUUGGCAUCGGGGCAGAGUUCUACCAUAACAGGAACCUACGCAGGACAGUAUGUUAUGCAGGGGUUUCUCGAUUUGAAACUGACGCCAUGGAUCAGAAACAUUUUAACUCGAAGCUUAGCAAUUAUUCCUAGUUUGAUUGUUGCACUCAUUGGUGGGUCUUCUGGGGCUGGGAAGCUGAUCAUUAUUGCGUCGAUGAUUUUGUCAUUUGAACUCCCUUUUGCUCUAGUCCCCCUUCUGAAGUUUACAAGCAGUAAGGCCAAGAUGGGACCGCAUGUCAACUCUACUGCGAUUACAGUGUUGACAUGGAUUAUUGGAUUACUCAUCAUGGCUAUCAAUAUAUACUACCUAAUGGGCCGUUUUAUCGAUGUGCUCCUUCAUAACGAUCUCCAUCUUGCCGCAGUCGUCCUCAUAGGGGUACUUGGAUUCUCAGGCGUGGCACUAUAUUUAGCUGGAAUUGCUUAUCUAGUUUUGAAAAAGACCAAGAAGAUAAGUCAUCUCUUAGCAGUAACAACAGUAGAAAGUCGAAGACUGAGCAACGAGCCGAGCAAGACAUCGGGAUAGCUAAUUAAAUUUAUCUAAUGAUGUAAUCUCAACUGCUUCUUAUUUAGGUAAUAAUGAUAUUAUUUUUGUAGGGUUAGACCAAUUAUUUUAUGAGAUUAACUUGGAUCGUAAAAUAUUGUAAAUAUGACACCCAAUAGGUUGAAAAAUCAUAUAUAAAUAGGGCUAAAAAAUAAUUUUAUUUGAAUUUUUCCUAUUCAAAAACUACUAAAAUAGAUCCAUAUUUUCCUUCAAGUA